UCACGUGACGUUCUUACACUUUCCUGCAACUGCUUCCAGCCCUGCUACAUAUAUAAUAGAAAAUAAGGUGUCCAAAUAGAUUCUGUGCAUCUUAACAAUGCAACCUUUCAGUGCUGUGAUCUUCUGCGCCCUUGUGGGGUUGGUUUUGGCCGAUAACAAGUACACCAGCAAAUAUGACAAUGUGGACGUUGAGAAAAUUCUGACCAACGACAGGGUCUUGACGAAUUAUAUCAAGUGCUUGAUGGACGAGGGCCCCUGCACGCCCGAGGGAAGAGAAUUGAAAAAGACGCUUCCUGAUGCCUUAUCAAGUAACUGUUCCAAAUGUAACGCGAAACAGAAGGACACAGCUGAAAAAGUUAUGAAACAUCUGAUGUCGAAGAGAGCCAAAGACUGGGAAAGACUGACCAAAAAAUAUGAUCCCCAAGGUUUAUAUAAACAGCGCUACGAAGAACAUUUGUCAAAAACAUAAGCAGAAUUAAAAAAGCAUUAUUAACAAUAAGAUCUAGGUUAUAGUUAGUACAUAUCAUAUCUUUAGAUAUUAAUUAGGAAAUAAGUUUAGAUUAGCAAGAAUUUGUGAGCUUGUUUUUUAAAUGAGAAUUCGAAGAGUUAUCUUAGUUUUAAGACUGUAAAGUUCAUUUCAUACAUGAAAAAAAUUGAUUUAUUUUGUCUUUCUUAUCUUUUAUACAUAUUCAAAAUAUAUUUCUAUGUUCAUCAAUGAAAGUACUGCAAAAUCUAUAGUAUUGUUUUUAAAAUCUUUCAUUUUCAAAACCAGACCGACUGCUUUAAAAAAAAAAAAUUGGAGAUUCGUAUUAUCUAAUUCUGUAUUAGUUUUCAAAAAUUCUUUUCUAUGGUACCUUCUACUGUUUCUACAUAUUUUGCUGCUGUUCAAGGAGUCUUAGCAGUAAAUAUUUUGGCUAAAUUCAGGUUUCUGUAAACUCUUUCUAUUACUAAUACGUCCCAAUGUCAUCUAACAACUAUAAUGCAAUAAAUGAAAGUUUAAUUUUCCAAUUAUAUCAAAAUUUUAAUACUUAAUGUUGAUGAAAUCAUUUCAUAUCAUUUCAUACCUAUAAAACGUAUUGUUGG